GCGCGAGUUGAUUUAUCGCUUACCGUAUAUAGAGAGAGAAGACCAGCCCUGCUCUCUCUAGUAUAUCAUUGGAAGUCCAAAAUCGGGUUCCUGGCUUUUGCAGUGUGCGUGUGCUGUAAUGCACUUCCUUGGGCGUACAGGAAGUGAAGAUCCAUUUGACCUGCAACCGAUGCCACCAAUAACAUUACGGAAAUUUUGUUGACAAAUUAAUUAGCGGUGGAAUAAGUUAAAUACCAUGAAUCGCCCAUGUGGAUAGGCCGUUUUAUUAUUUUUUUGGUACUGAAAAUGCCAAUAUGGAUAAAUGUAAAUAUCGCUCACGAGAAGAAAUGGAGAUAUUCAAUAUAUCUCUUCAUCUGAAGAUUUUAUAUGGAAUUUUACUCAUUAACUGUUCAGCUACUUUAGUUAUGGUAAUGUUUUGGUAUACCAGUCAUGCUAAGGGUCAAGGCCAUUGUAACCAGGAUUCGAGUGACCUUCAAAGUGGACAGAAUAUUCCAAGUAGUGCUAUAGCCUUAAGACAUAACUUUACAAAAAACGAAAAACCAAAAUCUGAAUUUCCGGAAAGAUAUCGAAGAGCCUUUUCAUCUGAGAUGCCAUCAAAUUGUGCCGUGUUCAUUCGUGAUUGCAAGCAGACGAUUCAAGACUCCUUCCUCCUGAAAGGACAAAAAGGUGAAAGAGGAUAUACCGGAAUACCUGGAGUUACCGGAAGCCAGGGACAGAAAGGGUCGAAGGGUGACAAUGGAGCCAUCGGACCGAUAGGACCCAGGGGACAGAUGGGAGACGCGGGACUUCCAGGCCUGAGGGGCUCACCCGGGGACCAAGGAUAUCCGGGGAAACCAGGAAUCCCCGGAGAGCCGGGUUUGCCAGGCCCCAAGGGAGAUAAGGGACACAUGGGACUUCUCGGAUUUCCCGGGGAUAAAGGUCCUCCAGGACCAAUCGGAGAGAAAGGUGAACCAGGUGAGAGUGGACCCCAGGGACCCUACGGACCGGUCGGACCGACCGGACCCCGGGGACCCAUUGGUUACAAAGGAGAUAAGGGGGACACUGGUUUGAUUGGAUACACAGGGUACAAGGGAGAUAAAGGGGACGUUGGACCAAAAGGAGACAAAGGUUAUGGAUUCCCCGGAUUACCAGGACCAAUAGGACAAAAAGGAGAGAAAGGUGAAUGUAAAGCUUCUUCCUUCAAAAUGGAAAACCUGAAAUUGGAAAGAGAUGCCACAAAUCGCCCAGUUCGCACGCCACAAAACGACAAAUUCGAAUUUAUUUGUUUAGUUGAAAGUCCACAUGUAAAGAACAACCACCCACCAAGGCGAACCUCUCAACUGUCGGUAAUUGCGGUCUUGAUGUUCUAUGCAAUCUGUUGACCUAUUGGGCGGAGGCAAACGGCACGCUAAUACACGAGAUUGUUCAGCUCGAGACAAACAAUGGACAGCCACUGAAGCAAUCCAGGCAACAAGAUCAAAGGGAGACUACUGUGUUCAGCACUUUAUACUGGACGAAGAUACUAUCAUUGAAAAUUAUGAAAUGAACACAGAACCAUGAUGGACAAAUUAUUACUUGUACAUUGUUUCCUGAAAUAAUGUGAUACUAAUUUGUGUUUUGUCAAAUCAACCAUUCAUUAUAUAAUCAAAGACAUUUUACGGAGACCUUUUUUAAUAUCAGUGAUUUUACGAUUACAUGCAAUUAUCAUGAAUGAAUGUAUUAAAAAUAAAAUAUAAUUAGAACACUUCAUGAGAUCCUUUUUAGAAUUGAAAAUAAACAAAAUAUGCUUGACAUUUUCAACAUAUUUUCUCAACAUUGUCAUAACAAUAUAGAAUAAUGAUUGUAUUUAACUUGUGCGAUAUAAACUAAACCAGUUGGCCUCAUGAUAUUAAGGGUUGUUUUUUUUUCAAAGCUAAAUUAUAUACAUAUCCUCGUAAAUAUUGACUCUAAUCGAUCUACUGUCCAUGAUAUUUUUGUAUUUUUAUUAAACAUUUAAAAAAUGCAAAUAAUACUUAAUGUAUUAAUUAUGAUUUUCAUUGUUUUGUUUAACAAUAAACGUAUAGUUUAUAGUAUUGUGUCAGUCCAGUGCUACUAGA